AUGGGUGAUACAGUCAAUAGUGAUCGAUCAGGUUCAUCAAAUGGAAUUAUAUGUCUUUUUGAAUAUGGAAAGGGUAUAAAUCUAUGGAACCCUGCAACUAGGCGCAAAUUAACUACACAAGACCGUCCGUCUUGGUGUUCUUGGAAUUCGGCUAAAGGCCCCUUUUAUACUGUAUUUGGAUUUGGAUACGACCCAAUCCUUGAAGAUUACAAGAUUUUGAGGUGGACCAAACCCGAUACAUACGCCAUGUACACGUUGACAACAGACACUUGGUGUGAGAUUCGAGGACCUGCCACUCUCGAUACUAAUGUAGCAUCAAGCCAAUGUCUUUUCAACGGAACUUUGCAUUGGGUUGUUCAAUGCAAGUUAAUCGAUCAGUCAGAAGGCAUGGUAUACAAUUAUCAUAUAAUGGCAUUUGAUUUGAGUGCCGACGUGUUUUCUGCAAUUCCAUUGCCGGAAAAGAGUUGGGGCACGAGGCAAGUAACAAUUAUGAAAGGGUUUCUAGCUGUGAUGUCUUCAGAAGAUGAUAACACUUGCAUUUGGGUGAGGAAAGAAGAGUCGUGGUCUGUGGCUUUCAAUAUCAACACAAUUGGAUUCGGACGAGCAUCCAAAGUUUUGCAGCUUCCUACCAGUGGUUAUUUUCUGUUGAAAUCUUUCCAGAGGGGGGUCCUCGUUUAUAAUCCCGCAACACAUUUGCAGUCAAGGCUUGAGAAGUUGAAGGGUUCUAAACGCUUACAUUCAAUGGAGCUGUGCAUUGAAGGCCUCGGCUUGCUACACAUGGGGACUUCAUGUUAA